AGGCGAGUGACGCGGCCCAAGAGGCUCAAAGCGGGCUCGGCCCCCUGGGUCUGAGGGUUUAAAAGUUUGGGCAGAGGACUGUCAGGUCGGCAGCUCCACAGUGGGAAGCAAAGAACAGGCGCUCCCAGGACGCUCGAGUUCGCUAGGAGGAGCCUGUGGGAAACUUGUGCUCAGCGGCAGAAACCCGCGGCGCAAGGAGCAUCUCUGAGCAGCGGGACCUCUCCAGGAUGCCCAGAACUCGCGGCUGCGCUCCGCUGCCUGCGCUGCCCGGCUACCCCAGGGCGCAGAGACGGCUGCUGGGCUGUGGGCGUCCCGCUGCUCCCCUCCUCCUGCUCCUGCUCCUGGCUUCUUGGGAGUGCGCCUGCCAAGGUGUUCCAGUAUCACCUCUGGCAAUACAGACAGACAAAGAGUUACAGCUGUGGAAUGAGCUAGAUAAUGCUUGUUCCAGUUUCCUGUCCGUUGACUCAGAGUCUCAGGCAUCCAGUGAACUGGAAGACCUUUGCUACACGAUUAUGGGAAUUUUACCAAAGCCACAGGAAUCAGAUGAAAAGGACAAUACCAAAAGGUUCUUAUUUCAUUAUUCAAAGACACAUAAUCUGGGCAACUCCGAUGUUAUGUCGUCUGUGAUCCAUCCUUUGCUGCAACUCAUUCCUCAACUGCAUGAGAGAAGAAUGAAGAGGUUCAAAGUGGACGAAGAAUUACAAGGACCUGGAAGAAUUCAAAGUCGGGGUUACUUUUUAUUCAGGCCCCGCAAUGGAAGAAGAUCAACAAGUUUCCAUUAAAAGGCCUUUGAACUACUUUUAUGUCACAGGAGCGUUGGUGCAGAGAAUUAUAUGGUUUUUUUUUUUUUCUCAAAGAAUAUCAAUUGUACAAUUUAAGAAUUCCUUGGAAUGUAAAUGUGCCCCAAUUAGAUUUAGUUAAGAAUGUAAAUGUUUCUUUAAUUUCAUCUUCAAAUGUUUCCUAUUGGUCUAAUAUUUACAAAUGUGAUUAAUAAAACUGUGACUUGC